GGCGCCGCCCUCAAAAUGGCGCCGCCAGCGCACGGCGGCUGUUCCACGGCGACCCCGGCGCCUCCGGCGCCCGGAGCCCCGCCCCGAUCCCUGCACAAGGCGGCGCCGGCGCCAGCACCUCCCCGCCCUGGCGGCGGGGCGUGCCGGCCGGCUGCGGGAACGGCACGGAUGAGGCGCAUGCGCGCUGUGGACGGGCGCUGGGGCUGCACCGGCUCGGCGCGGAGGGGCCGGGGGGGGCUCGUCGCCGCCGGGAGCGGCCGCCGCGGCGGGGCGGCGGAGUUCGCCGAGGCGGGCAGCGGCCAAGAGGGCUGGCGGGGCCAGUCGCGGGGCUCGCCGCAGCAGCUGGCGGAGCGGUACGCGGACCUGGCGGCCAGCCACAGCGAGGCGCUGCGGCAGCGGGAGGAGGAGGAGUGGCACAACGCGCGGCUGCGGCUGGAGAACGCGCGGCUGCGGCUGGAGAACCGCCGCCUGCGCCGCGAGAACCGCAGCCUCUUCCACCAGGCCCUGCUGGGGCCCGGCUCGGGCAAGCCCGCCGCCGCGGACCCGGGCGAGGAGGCGGAGGCCCUGCGCGCCCAGCUAGGGCGGCUGCAGGAGAAGCACCGUCGGGCCCUGCAACACCUGCGGCGGUGCCGGGCCGCCGGCGGGCCGGAGGCCUCGGAGCUGGACGAGCUGCUGGAGGAGGACGAGCAGCCGCUGGAGAAGAGGAGCCUGGUGCCGCCCGUAUAGCCGGCCCCGGGGGAAGGCGCUGCGGCCUCCCGGCCUGCGCGGGCCGCGCCGGAGCUCGGGGUGGGACGGGCGGCCUGGCUCGGCCUCCCUGCGCUGACCCUUUCGGUCCAAACUGGCUCUUCCCAAAGAGGCGGACGGGGAGGAGCCGGGUUGUUUCUUUAAUCCCCAUUCCAUAUGUAUGACAAGCGAGCACUGAUGGUGAUUGAGGAGAAGCAGGUUCAGCGGGAAAACGAUGCGUGGAAGAGGCCGGUGCUGUAGUCGAGGAAUCCCUCAAAACAGCCGUUGGUGUGGAGGAAAGAACCACUGUGAAAAAACAGUUCGGUCUUACGUCACUAAAGCACUGAACUCUGCUGCUCUUGGGGACCAGCUGAAGAUAAUUGUUUUUCUCUUCCAGUUAGCUAGCCAUGGAGGCUAUCAAAAGAUGGCUCUGACUAGCCCUCAGUAGUUUGUGUAUGUCCGUUAGGGAAGGGAGUGGAGGAAGCUUGCAAGCUUCUUUAUCAGUUCUCCAGUAAAACUUGGUGAUUAUUUGAACCACUCUGAAUUGUCCGGACAUUUACCACAAAACAGUAUUUGUAUUUUUAAUUAUGGACUUUUGUUUGUCAUCACAUGAAUUUUGGCUUUAAUUUCACACGUUCAUAUUAAAAUGCAGCUGGUAAAAAAUAAAACCUGGUGCACCGAA